AUGGCGCACGACAAGAAGGGCCCCACGGCCGCGACGGCCGCGGACCCGACACGCAACGAAUACAUCCCCUCCUUCAUCUCCAAGCGCCCGUUCUGGGCCGAGACCACGCACUCCAGCGACACGGACUACCUCGAGCACCAGCGCCUGCAAUCCGCACCCAAGGACACACUCGACCAAGCAAAAUGGUAUGAGCGGGGCAAAAAGGCCGGACCGGCCGCAACCAAGUUCCGCAAAGGCGCGUGCGAGAACUGCGGCGCCAUGACGCACAAGACAAAGGACUGCCUGAGCCGGCCGCGGAAAUUAGGGGCGCGAUGGACGGGCCAGGACAUCCAGGCGGACGAGGUGAUCGAGGACGUGCAGCUCGGGUGGGACGCCAAGCGGGACCGGUGGAACGGGUACGACGCCCGCGAAUAUCAGGCUGUGGUGCAGGAGUACGAGGACCUGCAGGCGUUACGGCGGAAGGUGACUUCUCCCAACGACGACCCGACUCAUGACAAAGACGACGACGCCCGCAUUCCCGAAGAGACAGACAUGGGCCGCUCCCAGCCCACGUCGACCCGCCAGUUGCGCCUGCGUGAGGACACGGCCGUAUACCUGCGCAAUCUGGACCUGGACAGCGCGCGCUACGACCCCAAGACCCGGUCGAUGGAUAAAUCCGAAAUGCCUGCCAGGCCGGAGGACGUCGACGUGUCGGAGGGGUUCCGACGCCCCGAGAUCGAAGCGGACGAUGCCGCCGCAUUCGAGGCAGCACAGCGGUACGCAUGGGAGACGCAAGAUCGGAACUCGAACUCGGCCAGCGCGCAGAAGCUGCACGUCCAGGCGAACCCGACGGAGGGCGAGAUCCUGCGCAAGAAACAGACCCAGGAAGCGGCCGCGAAGAAGGAAGCCACUAGAAAGGCUCUGCUCGAGAGGUACGGCGACGCGGCGCAGCCCGCGGCCAAGAAGCUCCAGUCCGGCGGCGUCGUCGCCAAUGAGCGGUACGUCGAGUACGAUGAGCAGGGCCAGAUCAAGGGCGCAGGCCGCACCGUCGCCAGGAGUAAAUACCGGGAGGACGUGUUCACGAACAAUCACACCUCGGUCUGGGGCAGCUGGUGGCGGGACUUCACGUGGGGAUACGCGUGCUGUCAUUCUACGGUGCGGAAUAGUUACUGUACGGGCGAGGAAGGGCGGCGGGCCUGGGAGGAAAGUGAGGGCUUGAGAACCGGGCAGUCUCUGCUUCAAAUUGGAGAUGCUAAGAUGGAAGAGGAUGUCGAAGAGGGAGUGGCCGAGCAGGACAAGGACAAGGUCGUGGGUGGCACGAAGACCACGCCAGAGGAAAAGCAACGGUUGAAAUUACAGCAGGAUGGAGAGGACGUAAGCGAGCGCAAGGAGGCCGAGGAGGUUGAUACGACGAGCUUGGGGCAGAAGACGAAGCCGCGAACGCCUGCUGCGAAGAAGCGGACGCUUCAAGAGCUGCAAUCGGGCAUCUCGGAGGAGGAGCUCGAGUCGUAUAAAAGGAAUCGCCUGGCGGCCGAUGAUCCCAUGGCCGGCAUGCUGGGCAAAGACGAACUAGUCCCGUGA